UGCCGCCGAGCCACGACAUCAAUCACCCAUCAGCAGCAAUAUGGCCUCCUCCUCCCUCCUGCUCGCCUGUGUCGUCGUGGCGGCGAUGGUGUCCGUCGUGUCGUGCCACCCGCCCAAGGUGCCGCCUGGCCCAAACAUCACGGCGAGCUACGGCGAGAAGUGGCUGGAAGCGAGAGGCACCUGGUACGGCAAGGCCACGGGUGCCGGCCCCGACGACAACGGGGGCGCCUGCGGCUACAAGGACGUCGACAAGGCGCCCUUCCUCGGCAUGAACUCCUGCGGCAAUGACCCCAUCUUCAAGGACGGCAAGGGCUGCGGCUCCUGCUUUGAGGUCAAGUGCUCCAAGCCCGAGGCCUGCUCCGACAAGCCCGUCAUUGUCCACAUCACCGACAUGAACACCGAGCCCAUCGCCGCCUACCACUUUGACCUCUCCGGCCAUGCCUUCGGCGCCAUGGCUAAGGAAGGCAAGGAGGAGGAGCUCCGCAAGGCUGGCAUCAUCGACAUGCAGUUUCGCCGCGUCCGAUGCAAGUACCCCGAUGACACCAAGAUCACCUUCCACAUCGAGAAGGGCUCCAACCCCAACUAUUUCGCGCUGCUCGUCAAGUAUGUUGGUGGCGACGGUGACAUUUUCGGGGUGGACCUGAAGGAGAAGGGCUCUGAGGAGUGGAAGCCGCUUAAGGAGUCGUGGGGUGCUAUCUGGAGGAUGGACACCCCCAAGCCGCUCAAGGGACCCUUCUCAAUCCGUCUCAUCACCGAGGGUGAUGAAAAGCUCGUCGCCGACGAUGUCAUCCCUAACGACUGGAAGCCUGAUGCCCUCUACAAGUCUCAACUCCAGGUCGACUAACCAUUCAACAAAUCAAAUCCGUCCUACGUCCAGCUGGCUGCAUAUAUAUUCUUAUGCAUUUUUUAAACAUACAAUAAAUAAUGUUUAGAGCUAGCUAGGUUUGUGGAGUACUCUCCAAUGACCCCACGAUAGAGACUUGAACUCUCUCGAUCAGAAAAUUUCGAUAUAAUAAUAUUUGGCACUUUCAGUUUCAA